AUGGAGCGCUGGCCUUGGCCGUCGGGCGGCGCCUGGCUGCUCGUGGCGGCCCGCGCGCUGCUGCAGCUGCUGCGCUCAGACCUGCGUCUGGGCCGCCCGUUGCUGGCGGCGCUGGCGCUGCUGGCGGCUCUAGACUGGCUAUGCCAGCACUUGCUGCCCCCGCCGGCCGCACUCGCCGUGCUGGCUGCCGCCGGCUGGAUCACGUUGUCCCGCCUGGCGCGCUCGCCUCGCUUGCCCGUGGCCACUCGCGCGGUGCUCAUCACCGGCUGUGACACUGGUUUUGGUAAGGAGACAGCCAAAAAACUGGAUGCCAUGGGCUUCACAGUGCUGGCCACUGUGUUGGACUUGAAUAGCCCUGGUGCCCAAGAACUACGUGCCUGCUGUUCCCCUCGCCUGCGGCUGCUGCAGAUGGACCUGACCAAGCCAGAGGACAUUAACCGUGUCCUGGAGUUCACCAAGGCUCACACUACCAGCACUGGUUUGUGGGGCCUGGUUAACAAUGCCGGCCUCAAUGAUGUAGUGGCUGAUGUGGAGCUGUCUCCAGUGGCCACAUUUCGCAACUGCAUGGAGGUGAACUUUUUUGGUGCACUUGAACUAACAAAAGGCCUCCUGCCACUCCUACGCCGCUCAAGGGGUCGCAUUGUGACUGUGGGCAGUCCAGCAGGAGACAUGCCAUACCCAUGCUUGGCAGCCUAUGGAACCUCCAAGGCAGCCAUAGCACUGCUUAUGGACACGUUCAGCUGUGAACUGCUUCCCUGGGGUGUGAAGGUCAGCGUCAUCCAGCCUGGGUGCUUCAAGACAGAGUCAGUGACAAAUGUGAACCACUGGGAGAAGCGAAAGCAACUGCUGCUGGCCAGCCUGCCUAGAGAGCUGCUGCAGGCCUACGGCGAAGACUACAUUGAGCACUUGCACGGGCAGUUCCUGCAUUCACUCAGCCUGGCACUGCCCGACCUCAGCCCUGUCGUAGAUGCCAUUAUUGAUGCACUGCUGGCAGCACGGCCUCGCCACCGCUAUUACCCAGGCCGUGGCCUGGGCCUCAUGUACUUCAUCCACUUCUACCUGCCAGAGGGCCUGCGGCGCCGCUUCCUGCAGAUCUUCUUCAUCAGUCACUGCCUGCCUCGAGCGCUGAGGCCAGGCCAACCUGGCACGGCCACUGCUCAGGACACACCCCAGGACCCAAACCCCAACCCUUCCCCAGUGGCGGCUCGGUGAGCUGUGUAUAUAUAAAUGGCCUAGCUGCUCUAGCACAGGAGGCUCCAUGAGCCCUUGGCCUUCUCUCCUGACCAUUAUGAACUGCCCCCUCCAAGUGUGCCCUAGAGCCUGGCAUAAAGAAACCCAGCCUACACUGCCAAUGUCUGGUUGGAUGCGGUUUGCCAGUGAGACUCUGGACCUUUCUGCUGCUUCCUGAGCCCACACAGACCCUACUGGGCACAACUCUCCGCCAUGCAGUCUGAAGAACAUAGUUGGAUGGAGAAUUUAGUGCAAAACUUAGCUGCAGCCUUUCACAGGACUCUACAGACAGUUCCUCUGCAAACUUGGGAGUGACUGGGAGGAUGGGGACCUCCUCAGGACUGUCUCUGCACCAGUGCCUCAAUGCUGCAAUUCCAGGGUAAAUCCCAACUGCCUCUUGACUGGCUCAAGAUUUAAGACCCCAGCCACCAACCCCUAAGCCACAGGGAAACUGUGUCAUACUUGCCUGAUUGCUACUUUUAAAAAUAAAGAUUAAAUUUUAUUUCUCCUAGAAUAAAGGA